AUUCUUCUCUCUAAAGCCUAACCCCAAAAAAAAAAAAAAAAGGUUCCUUCCUCAAACUCUCUCCAUCCAUGGAUUCCUUCUUCUUCCUCCCGCUAUUUCCCGCUGUUUAUUGAUUUCAUGCUUGCAGGUCUCUGUUUGUUCAUUUGCUCGUAAUGUCGUGGAUUCACUAUACCUUCCGAUUCUUCAUCUGAGGGAGCUGCUCUCGAUCCAUUAAGAUCCAGUAUGAUGAGUAUGGAGGAGAAAAGGAAUUUGGUAUAUGAAAUAUCAGAUCAGCCACAUGCUUCUGAACUGCUUCAGUCCUGGAGUCGACAUGAGAUUUUAGAGAUCCUGUGUGCAGAGAUGGGAAAAGAGAGGAAAUAUACUGGAUUAACAAAACUGAAAAUAAUUGAGAACCUUCUGAAAAUUGUUGGUGAAAAGAAAUCAGGGUCAACUGAGGAUGUAACAGACCUCGACAGUCAGUCUUCUCCUUGUCUUUCCCCAAAGAUUACUAAAAGGCAAAGAAAAAUUGAUCAGUCAGCAGGGGUACCUGUUCCUGUGAACCAUAUUCCAAUCAGUAACACUAGGAAUGACUCAAAUAUUGCAGUGUACUGCAGAAAUUCGGCAUGCAAAGCUACCUUAAAUCAAGAUGAUAUAUUUUGCAAGAGGUGUUCAUGCUGCAUCUGUUAUCAGUAUGACGAUAAUAAGGAUCCUAGUCUAUGGUUAAGUUGCAGCUCUGAUCCACCAUUUCAAGACACUUCAUGCGGUAUGUCGUGCCAUCUUGAAUGUGCAUUGAAACAUGAAAAAUCCGGGAUUCCCAGAGGACAGCAGACUGGAAUUGAAGGGACUUUUUGUUGUGUAUCUUGUGGAAAAGUCAAUGACUUGCUUGGGUGUUUGAGGAAACAAUUGAUGAAGGCAAAGGAAACCAGAAGGGUGGAUAUACUAUGUUACCGCAUCUCUUUAAGCAAAAAACUUUUGGGUGAAGGUGAAAAGUAUCAAGACGUUUAUCAGAUUGUGGAUGAGGCUGUGAAGAAACUUGAAGCUGAAGUGGGUCCCUUGACUGGUGUACCGGUUGGUACGGGCAGAGGAAUAGUGAACAGGCUUUCUUCAGGACCAGAGGUUCAGAAACUCUGCACGAUAGCCAUUGAUACACUGGACUUCUUGCUCUCCACGAAGAUCUUACAUCAGUUGCCCAGUUCCAUGAUACAAGUUUCUAAUUUGGUAGCUACAAACUUCUUAAGGUUUGAAGAUGUUGAUGCAACAUUUGUUACGGUGGUCGUGGGCACUGAAGAUGUUUCUUCUGGAAAAACUGCUGGUUACAGGCUAUGGCAUCGAAAGGCAUGUGAAACAAAUUACCCUAUUGAACCAACUUGCACCUUGUCUCAACCCAAUUUGAGGUUUGUCGUCCGAGGACUAACCCCAUCUUCAGAAUAUUAUUUCAAAGCCAUUUCCUUUGAUGGGACAGGAGAUUUAGGGAUGUGUGAAGUUCAAGUCUCAACUGCCACUGCUCGGGAGGACGACACAAGUUGCUUGGUGAUUGAAAGAAGUCAGAGUCCUGUGACCAACUUCAGUGAGCUCUCUAAUCCUUCUUCAGUAGAAGAUGAAACUAACAAUGUAUUGCCCUGUAGCGACCAGAACGAUUGUCAAACAGAGAGAUAUCUUUCUUAUUGCAAGGAUUCUAACAAGUCCAUCACUGCUAACCUGUCUGAGGAUGCAAUAAACUGCACCACUGUCAGUGGAGGGGGAACAACAAAAGAUUCUGUUUCUUUGUUGGAUGAGGAACACGUUACAAGAAAAAGCGGCACGCUACCUGCUGCCAAUGUUUCAAAACUUGAAGACAGACAUUCUUCAGAGGUCCAUAUUAUUGAAGAUACAAGCAUCAAUAACGGGUCAAAUACCGCCAUUCAAAAAGGGAGUAAAUGCACACCAUUUGUUAGCAGCUCUGAGGCUGGAUUGCCAGUUACUCCUUGCAAGAUGGAAAUACUCAAGGAUGUUCUUGGAAGGAGUGGCCGAUCAAAGUCCAGUGCCAAGGAUCGAGAUAAUGGCUCGGGAAGAGAGGAACUCCGACAUGGCAGCACAUCUAAGAAGAGAAGUGUGGAGAGGCAAGAUGCGGAUUGUACGGCAAAUGGUAUUUCAGAUAAGGAUUUUGAGUAUUAUGUAAAAUUGAUUAGAUGGCUAGAAUGUGAAGGACACGUAGAGAAGAACUUCAGACAAAAAUUCUUAACUUGGUACAGCCUGAGAGCCACGACACAAGAAGUUAGGAUUGUGAAGGCCUUUGUUGAUAACUUCAUUGAAGAUCCAUCAGCUCUUGCAGAGCAACUUGUGGAUACCUUUUCAGAAUGCAUUUCAAGCAAGAAAACAUGUGCUGUGCCCGCUGGAUUUUGUAUGAAGCUUUGGCAUUGAUCAUCUCGAAAAGCAACAAAUUUAACAAGUCCUAGAUUGGAAUUCCAUCAGUCGUAGGCAUUCUUUAGAUACUUUUUCUUUCAUUUUCUUUCUCCAUUUAAACUGUCAUCAAUUGAAUUGGGCAUCAUCUGAGCUCUAUUUUAGCAUUUCUAUGAAGAUAAAAUGUCAUCCACAUUCGCCAUUUUAAACAUUUCGAACAGAUUUGUAGAUGAGUAUGAUUUAACAUUCUUACUUACUCAUUGAUACCAUUUAGUAAUUAAUUUAUGAAACUUGUUUAUGGA